UACUGCUGCCCUGGGGACAGUGUAAGCUGCUGGUGCACCCAUUUUCCCUCACUGCUGCUGGCCUCUCACCGCUGGCAACCCCUCCUUGCUGCCCACAGCCAGCAGGAUGCUGAGCUGGAUCGAGCGGGUGGUCCCCCAGCCACCAGCUGCUCAUCUAGUGGAGGAGAUCCCUCAGACCCCCGCUCCAGAGCAGGACCUGGAGCCACCUAAGGCACCAACAGGGAAGGCUGGUGCCCCCAGGGAUGCUGCUGACUGCAUAUGCACUGAAGAAAUAAACAAGAAGGUGGGAUUUCCAGUCCCUGAGGACCAAGCCUCUGUAUUUGAGAGCAUGGGGAGCAGUGUGCUCUCCUGGCUCUCCCAGGGACUGGAGAAGGUGAUUCCCCAGCCAGUCCCAGCCCCAGGGACACUGCAGGCACUUGGGAAGAGCUUCGAGACAAGCAUUGAUGUUCCUGAUCAGACAGAGGUUCAGAUCCUCAAGGACGAGGAAGAGGAAGCUCUGGAGAUAAUCCCCUUCGAUCUGGAAGAUGACAAGCUGGACAACUGUGAGCCUGAGCCUGGCUUGAGUAGUGCCACCAAGGAGUGGGCAGGAGUGCGGAUGCUCAACUGGCUGGUGCAGGGCUUCGAGAGGAUGGUGCCACAACCAGAGGUGCUGAAGAAGCUGGAGCCGGAGCUGAAGGAGCAGAAGUGUGAAGCAGCAGAGGGAGGCACAAAAGGAGCUAAACCCCAGGCAAACCCAAAGAACAAUGUUCCAGUCAUGCAGAGCACCCUGGCAGCAGUGGAGCCAGCAGUGGCUGAGGGGCAGCCCGAGCCAGUGGCCACCCUUGUCCCUCGGUCGCUGGCUGGGGACGGCAGCAGGGUGUUUGCCUGGUUGGUACAGGGGCUGGAGAAGGUGAUGCCGCAGCCAGUAACAAGGGAGAAGCAGGAGGCACAGGGAGUGGAUGCAGCAACUUUGAGUCCUGUGGAAGAAAUUCACAUUGUCCCUGAGGAACCAAAGGAGACAGACCUCAUCCUGGAAGAGAUCGAUGGUGGCUGGAAUAACGAAGCCAAGUGUGAGAUCAUGGCCUGGGAUGUUGAGGCUGAGAUGGUGGCAGAUACUCAUCCCCUUCCCCCCACACAGGAGGAACCUCAGGAAGAUGAAUAUAGGAUGUGGCUGUGCUCCCUGGGUGCUGAUGAGGAGGAAGAGGAAACGAAGCAGGAUGGGGAGGAAGAGGAGGAGGAGGAGGGGAAAAAGGAGGAGGAGUUGAAGGAGAGUGCAGGACCCCUGCUCCUAUCACCUCGUCUCGCUGCUGAGGAGAAUGUGGAGGAAGUCUACUUUGCAGAGGAGGCCUUCAGGAUUGAGCAGCUAGAAGAAGCUGAGAUAAGUGAUCUCCAAGGUGCUUUUGUACAGGUGGAAGAGGAAACAGCUGAAGCUGCUGAAACCGAUGCUGAAGGCAAUUACCCCACUGUGGACAUCAAGAAUGUGGACAGUGGAAGCAACGCUGUGGAGAACAAUGGGACCCACUUACCAGUGCCCACUGCUGCCAGUAACAUGCUGGCGGUGCCCAGAGUGGCUCCAGCAUCCCCCAGGAGGAAGUUACUGACCUCUGAGGAUGGUCUGGAGAAGGGACCCAUGAGCCAGUCCCCAACCCAAGCACUACUGGGCUGUGAUGUGAAGCAGAAGGAAAGCCUGCCCGAGCGCAUUGGUUCAGCCACAAGCCUGAGCAGUGCCGUCAUCAACAACCGGCUCCAGGAGCUAGUGAGGCUCUUCAAGGAGAGGACUGAGAAGGUGAAGGAAAAGCUGACCGACCCCGACAUCACCUCCGAUGAAGAGAGCCCAACAGCAUCUCCUACCAAGUCGGCACUGCCAGCAGCACCAGUGCCUCCCGCAGGAGGACAGCCAGAGGGGGAGAAGGUGAUGGAAGAGGAGCACUACUGCGAGAUGCUGUGCUGCACGUUCAAGUACCGGCCCUGGCUGGACCGCCUGAGAAACUACCAGUUCCCCAGCAGUAUUGACCCUCUCACCAAUCUGAUGUAUGUGCUGUGGUUGUUCUUCGUUGUCAUGGCCUGGAACUGGAACUGCUGGCUGAUCCCUGUCCGCUGGGCUUUCCCCUACCAGACACCAGCAAACAUCCACUGCUGGCUGUUCAUCGACUACCUCUGUGACUUCAUCUAUCUGCUUGACAUCCUCGUCUUUCAGACCCGGCUGCAGUUUGUCCGGGGUGGAGAUAUAAUAAGCGAUAAAAAGGCCAUGAAGGAGAACUACCUACGAUCACAACGCUUUAAGAUGGAUAUGCUGUGCCUCCUGCCCCUGGAUUUCUUCUACUUCAAAGUUGGUGUCAACCCACUCCUGCGCUUUCCUCGCUGUCUAAAGUACAUGGCCUUCUUCGAGUUCAACAACCGCCUGGAGGCUAUCCUGACCAAGGCAUACAUCUACAGAGUGAUUCGGACCACAGCCUAUUUACUGUACAGCUUGCAUGUGAACUCCUGCUUCUAUUACUGGGCAUCAGCCUAUGAAGGACUGGGCUCUACCAAAUGGGUCUAUGAUGGGGAAGGAAACAGCUACAUCCGCUGCUACUACUGGGCAGUCAAAACCCUCAUCACCAUUGGGGGCCUGCCAGACCCCAAGACACUGUUUGAGAUCGUCUUCCAGCUGCUGAACUACUUCACGGGUGUCUUUGCUUUCUCCGUCAUGAUAGGGCAGAUGAGAGAUGUGGUUGGUGCUGCUACUGCGGGGCAAACAUACUAUCGGAGCUGCAUGGACAGUACCAUUAAGUACAUGAACUUCUACAAAAUCCCCAAAACUGUUCAGAACAGGGUGAAAACAUGGUACGAGUACACGUGGCAUUCGCAAGGCAUGCUAGAUGAAUCAGAGCUUCUGGUGCAGCUGCCAGACAAGAUGAGGCUGGACAUCGCUAUUGAUGUGAACUACAGCAUCGUGAGCAAAGUGGCCCUCUUCCAGGGCUGUGACAGGCAGAUGAUCUUUGACAUGCUGAAGCGGCUCAGAUCUGUGGUCUAUCUGCCCAAUGACUACGUGUGUAAGAAGGGAGAAAUUGGCCGUGAGAUGUACAUUAUCCAGGCAGGACAUGUGCAGGUACUGGGGGGACCUGAUGGCAAAACUGUGCUGGUAACUCUGAAGCCUGGAUCUGUGUUUGGAGAGAUAAGCUUGCUGGCAGCGGGAGGGGGAAAUCGCCGAACAGCAAACGUCAUUGCUCAUGGUUUUGCCAACCUUUUCAUUUUGGAUAAGAAGGACUUGAACGAGAUUUUGGUGCAUUAUCCAGAGUCUCAGAAGCUGCUGAAGAAGAAGGCCAAGAAAAUGCUGAAAAGCAACAAUAAGCCCAAAGAUGCGAAAAGAGUCCCUGGAGACUCGCUGAUCAUCCCCCCAAAACCUGACACUCCAAAGCUCUUCCAGGCUGCUCUGGCUGCAGCAGGGAGGAUGGGGGGCAAAGGGCCGCUGGCACAGCUCCGCUGGAGGCUGAGGGAGCUGAAGGCGAUGCAGGCGAUGCAGGGUUCCAGAUUAAGUCCAACCAUGCCAAAAUCACCAGUGCACCAGAAGUCACCUGUCACCUCCCACAAAGCACGCACCCACCUGGGAGAAGAAAUAUUCUCUAAAUCUUCUGAUAGUUUAGUCAAUAUUCGUGUGAUUUCCACAGCACAAGAAGAUGAAGAGAUCCUUGCUGCUGAGAUUUCAGAGCAAGAGGAGGAAAAAAAAGAUAAAUGAGAGCCAAGCUGGUCCUGGGGCAGGAGUUAUAAGCUGUAGCUGUAGGCUUUGCUAGGUGCUGCAGGUAGGAUCUGCAUUUUCUUUCAGCCUAGACCUUCACUCACUGUUGAUAAAAUCCUUUGCCAUAUGACCCAAAAUCAUACAAGGUUUCUGAGCUCUGAAACCUGAGCAUCUUUAUGAAUAUUCCCACUAAGUCUCAGGCCAGCCCUCUUGCUUCAAAAUUCAGCCUUGCAGAGAGGGAGCCAUGAAGAAAUUGCUUUUUAUGGCUCUGUGUGGUUAAUGUGUAUUCAGGUGAAGUGUGAAAAGUUCUUUGCCUCUGACAGCUGAGUCACAGCUUGGUCAGAAGCACUGAGCGGAGAUAAACAACAAGGUUUCUCUCUUGGGCUUAAGGCAGUCAGGAGCAGAUGUAGAGUGAUCAAUUCAAGAAGGAUGUGAACUAUGCUCACAGGCUGAGCACAGAUCCAUUGUCACAUCACUGAGAUCUGUCCUUGUGUGCAUGGACUGCAAGAUGCUUGAGGGUCCCUGUGUGGUGCCAAGACUGCUUUGGGUUUCCUGCUGGGAAGAAGGUUUCCUAUAAACCAUUCACCCCAGAGAGGAGAUGGGCUCUCCAUAGCUAGUGGCUAUGUGGAGAUGUGAUGCAGACCUUCCAGGGAUGGAAAAGCACAAUCCUGGGUGAGAAGGUGUUUCUGGAGAUCCCUGGGUUUCCAUGGGUGCACCAGCUGGAAGGGAUAAACUGAGUGCAGGAAAGGAGAAACACUAUUGGUUUACAGCUGGGUCAGGAAAGUACAGUGCAGAAUGUGUUCUCCUCUCCCAGCCAGUGUUUCAGAGUCAGGUCAGAGCCCAUAGGGCACAAGCAAGAGUGCACAAGUGUGCGGAUGGUCCCCUGCCUCAUUGCUGGACCUCAGUGACCUACAACAUUUCCAACAGCCAAUUUCCAGCUUUUUUGGUCACUUGGUGCUUGGCCACAUUCCCCGAGGAGGAGCCAUGAAGAAGCAAGACUCUGGUCUUGCUCUUGACUGCAACAGGGCACUUGUGAAGGGACUUUUCCAAGUGUGCUGAAUGGGAAGGUGAACCCCUGGUUAAGCAGCCAGCUUGCCCAACUGAUAGCUCAAGGUGUCCAGUCUUCCCCCAGCACCAUUGGUUCCCCAUCUUCCUCAAACCCAGCACCAACUGGAGCAAGCUUCCCGUAAACUGAGAAGUGGCAAGAAGUGGUGAGUGAGACAGUGCCAUCACAAAUGGGGAUGAUGCAGAUCUGCCCCAAGGUUUCACUGGCCAUGUCUCCAACUGGCACUGCUGGCUCUGUCAAGAGGAGCCUGUUUCCACCCUCUGGAGGAGAAGCAGGGGCAGGUUUUGCCACAGGGAGCAGCCCCAGUGCCACAGCUGAGGGAAUUCCCAGCAAAUACUAUGAGAAGUGCUGCAGGUUCCACAGGUCUGGCCAUGGGGCAGCCAGGCUGCUUGUGAAGUACUGGGUGAUGUCUGUUCCACCAGCCACCUGUGGCUGACUUUCACCUCCUUCAGGGUUCUCUUAAAUCUGUGGGUUUUUUUGCCCUCUCUUGUAAAAUAGAUGGGUUUCUCUGGUGGGAAGAAACCAGAAUAUACGUUUGUGUUAAUUAAUGCUAGCUUGCUGUCUUUUAAACAAAUUUAAUGAGCUUUAAUACACCGCAGAAGGGUCUGAAGCCAUCACUGCCCUUCACAUUGCGGGGGAGAACCUGGACUUACCCAAACCUCCCUAAAGAUUUCUCAUCCUCAGUCAUUUGCAAGUGGUUUCCUGCUGGGUA